GUCGUGAAUUUUAAUGACGGAGAAUAUGUUUACGAACAAAAUUUAAUGUUUCUUCACACCAGGUUGUCUUUUGAGAACGAUUACGAAAUCCCACGACGUAAUCUUUCACGCCUGGACAUCACUACUUCGGGUUUCUGAGUCUCGAUAAACCAGUUUACGAUAAGGAAUGUGUAUGGAGUAGGUGUUAAUGUAACACAUUGCAUAAUGUAAGACAUAAUAAAAGACAUUCUAUUUCAUACAGAGAACCUUGAAAAGAGCUUUUUUUUAAGUAGCACUUUGACAUGUCAUUUGUGUUGCGUCUCGUAAAAUUAAUAGGCUUUCAUUGAAACUAGGGGGUAUUCUAAGUCUUCUUACGUUCGUUCGUUAUUUGCUUCAAAUCAAUACAUGUUUUGCGAUUAAUACCAACAACGUAAUUACCACGUUACAAUCUGUGUCGCUUGGUGUUUUAAGACAUGUUCUCUCAAGAAAAACAAGAGAGAAUAUCAAAAGAAUUCUCAAGGCUCAAAGGUAUGUGCUACUUGGAUCAUGUUGGAGCUACACUCUAUGCAGAGAGUCAAAUCAAGGCCAUAGCCGAAGACCUGUGUGAGAACGUGUAUGGAAACCCUCACUCCCUGAGCAUUAGCAGCCGAUAUUCAACUGAUGUGAUUGACCAGAUACGGUACAGGGUGCUGCAACAUUUCAAUACAGAUCUGAAUGACUACAGCAUCAUCUUUACAUCUGGAGCUACACAUGCCCUCAAACUUGUGGCAGAGUCAUUUGAUUGGACAGACAAUUCCACAAAGAAUGAUAAAUCAGUACCCAAUCAAAUUAAUUAUACGAAAAAAGGAACAAAUCGCUGUGGAGCAGAGAAUGACUCAUAUUCUCACGGUAGACAUGCAGGGACAUUUGUGUACUUGCAAGACAACCACACGUCUGUCCUCGGAAUGAGAGAAGUGGCCAAGAAGCACGGUGCAAAUGUUUGCUGUUUGUCAUACGAGGAAGCCUUUCAAUGUUUUCUGGACUGUGGAUGUUCUGACUUCACUUCAGUUUUUGAUGGGAAUUCUUUGUUUGUGUACCCAGCACAGUGCAACUACUCAGGAGUCAAAUAUCCCCUCUCUUGGGUUUCUAAAGUGCAGAAUGGAGCGCUGAAUUAUAAAUCGACACACAGCAGACAGUCAAAGUGGUUCUGCCUGCUGGAUGCUGCAUCAUUUGUUUCCACAAGUGUCUUGGAUCUUUCACAAGUUCAACCUGACUUUGUGUGUUUGUCAUUCUACAAGAUAUUUGGUUACCCAACGGGGCUAGGGGCCUUACUAGUCAAGAAUUCAAGUUCCUAUGUCUUAGAGAAGUGUUACUUUGGGGGUGGCACUGUUCUCUUAUCACUUAGUUCCCAGUGUGAACAUAUCCCUAGACCAGCUCUAAGUGACAGGUUUGAGGAUGGAACCAUCCCAUUCCUUUCCAUUGCAGCAUUGCGUCAUGGGUUCUGUUCACUGAAACAGUUGACAGGUGACAUGGCUAGUGUGAUGCUUCAUACAUUUUCACUGGCACGUUACCUCUUCCAGUUCCUUCUUACACUUCAUCAUUCAAAUGGCUCUCCUGCAGCCAUUUUGUAUUGUGACACAACCUAUGAAGAUGCCUCUACACAGGGAAAUGUCGUUAACUUUAAUAUGCUUCGUCCUAAUGGAGCAUAUGUAGGCUUUAUAGAGGUACUGAAUGUUGCUAAUCUGAAUGGUAUUCAGCUGCGCACUGGCUGCUUCUGUAAUCCUGGGGCCUGUCAGCGACAUCUAAAACUCUCAGACGAUGAUCUCAGGAGUCAAUUCCAGGCAGGCCACAUAUGUGGAGACGACAAAGAUCUGGUGAAUGGACAACCCACUGGUUCAGUUCGAGUCUCUUUUGGUUAUAUGACAACCAAGAAUGAUGUUGAUAAAUUGAUUAACGUGUUGACAUCCUACUUUGUGCAUGGCUCCCCAGUCAGAAAACUGCCUGCAUGGUGGCCGGCCUUCCAGCAAGCUUACAAACAAAAAUUCCAGCCUGCACGUAGGAAACAUGAUGGUCUUCUGAAUGUAGACAGAAUGAAGUCACCCGCUAUUUUACAUGGAGUACCAGACAUAAAAAUACAAGCUCCUAUCAAGUCACAAACAAAUGCAAGUAGCUUGGAGACUAGUUCAGUUUCAAAUUACGGCCAGCAAAAUACAAUGUCAGAUGGAAAUAGUAUUGCAUUGACAUGCAUAUAUGUAUACCCUGUCAAAUCUUGUGGGGCUGUGCGCAUGGAGAGCUGGUACAUUGGAUUAAGGGGUCUUCUAUAUGACCGUGAGUGGAUGGUGGUGACCCCAGCUGGUGUCUGUCUCACUCAAAAGCAAGACGCAAAACUCUGCCUCAUUCAACCUAAUGUGGAUCUCAGUAGUAGGUCACUGAUCCUACAGUUCCCAGAAAUGCCGCCAAUUUCGGUACCACUCGAUGAUCCAAAAAACCACAAUGACGGCAGAGUAGAAGCUUCGCUGUGUCAGAGCAAAGUGUGUGGGGACAGGGUUCAAGGUUGGGACUGUGGUGAUGAUGUGGCAUCAUGGUUAUGUGAUGCUUUGGGGCGUCAGGGGUUGCGUUUGAUUCGCCAGUGGAAUAGUGACUCGAGAGUGAGCAAGGAGAAAAUGAAAUCGAGAGGGCAAGACAGCAAUCAGAAGUCAGUUCUGUCACUGUCGAACCAGGCACAAUUUCUGCUUGUGAACAAGAGCAGCGUUCAGUGGCUGAGUGAUCAAAUUGACUGGGAACAAUCUGACUGUGACAAGGAGAGUCUGCUGGAGCGUUUUCGUAGCAACCUGGUCAUACAGGGCCUGAAGCCAUUUGAGGAGAACGAAUGGACACACUUCCAGAUAGGAAGAGUGAAAUUCCAAUCAGAGGGCCCGUGUACACGCUGUCAAAUGGUUUGCAUCGAUCAGUCAACUGGUGUGAAGACACGAGAACCUCUGAGGACUCUGGCAGCAGCGUUUCUUGGCAAGAUGAAGUUUGGAGUGUACUUAAGUCGAGUAGCUGAAGGGAAUGUGAGGAUUUCAGUUGGAGAUGAAGUAAUUGACCAUUUUACUUUCAAUUAAAUACUGUCUGAGAUGGGAACCAGAAGCCUGUUGGAAAGCAGUCACGAGACAAGGGACGAGCCCCCUACCUCUCAGACUCUGUAGACAAAUGUCGUUUUGUCACUGCAAAUUCUAGCGAAUUCAAUAAAGCAUUUUUAAAGAGUCUAAAAACGUU